CUAUAACUGGAACAAAUUCAGACAAAUCCAGUGGCCCUAAAAAAAAUUCAAAACGCCACUUUGGAACAGCACAAGAGCCUCUAGAGACUGAGCUUUAUGAAAUACUUGGAGUAUCUCCGACUGCGUCCAGCAGUGAAAUUAAGAAACAAUACCAUAAACUUGCGCUACAAUUUCAUCCGGAUAAAAAUAAAUCACCUGAUGCAGAACAGCAGUUUAAAAAAAUAUCUGAUGCGUACCAAAUAUUGUCAAACCCUGACUUGAGACAAAGAUAUAAUGAAUUUGGUGGAAAAAAUAAUGUUGAGCCUGAAGGUGGAUUCGUAAAUCCGGAAGAUUUCUUCAGGCAACAAUUUGGUGGAGAUCGUUUUGUCGACAUAAUUGGCGAAAUAUCCAUUGGAAGAGAUAUGAAAGAAGUCUUGCAAAAAGCAGAUGAGAUGGCCAAUGAAGAUCUCACAGAAGAAGAGAGAAUUCGUCGAGAAGCAAAUAGAGCAGCUCAUGACGAUGAACGUGAUAAGAUUCGGCAACAACGCAUAGACAAAUUAGUCGCUAACCUAAUACAUAAGUUAUCUAUGUAUGUAGAGGGAAUCGACUACACUCAAUCAGCUGCUGCAGACUUCAAAAGUAUUAUCGAGUAUGAGGCAGAGGAGCUUAAGGCCGAGUCUUACGGGGUUGAACUAUUGCAUGCAAUUGGUUUUACCUAUUCGCUAAAAGCCAAGCAGUACCUUGGGUCUGAACAGAUUUUCGGAUUACCACGAUUUGGACAUAUUCUUCGAGAAAAGGGUCAUGUGUUUUCUGAAACCAUCUCGACGUUACGAUCUGCUAUAGAUUUACAACAAUCCUUCAAGGAGUUACAGAAGGCUGAACAAGAAGGUGUGAACGCACAAGAGAAAAGUAAAUUGGAGGAAGCGACGGCAACAAAAGGAUUAACGGCACUGUGGAAAGGCUCUAAACUUGAAGUGGAAGGUGUUUUGAGAGAAGUAUGUGAUCGAGUCUUAUCGGACCCUAGUGUAUCGAAAACGGUUCUUAAAAAACGUGCUGAAGGGCUAAAGAUUAUCGGUGCCGUAUAUGAAAACGUCAAAGGGGACGUAGCUGUCUAG